AUGACAACCCUCGUCUCCAAGGUCCAUGACCGUCUUGUUGUCAAGAAGCAGUGUGCAGAUGGGACUACCGAACCAGCCACCUUUCUCGACAAUGACUCCAUCCGUCCCACACCAGUUCAAGACCGGACUUGGACUUCAAUUACAUACUCAGCCUUCUGGUUCGCAGCCACCGCGAAUGUGAGCAACCUGUACGCGGCUUCUACCGGCCAGUCCGCUGGCCUCAGCAUGUGGGAAGCUCUGGGCUGCUCAUUCGGUGGUCAGUUGGUCGCUGGUUUUCUCAUGGUGCUCAAUGGCCGUGCUGGUUCACUAUACCGAAUUCCCUUUCCCGUCGCGUGUCGAGCGAGCUUCGGAACCUGGGGUGCGUUAUGGCCUACCUUCAAUCGUGCUGUUAUGUCUAUUGUUUGGAACGGCGUGAAUGCUGUUCAGGGAGCCCAGUGUCUAUACGUCUUUCUCCACGCCAUCUUCCCUUCCAUUGCGAACAUCCCAGAUAUCAUGGGCCUCAAGUCUGCUCUCAACUCGGCUCAGAUGCUCUGCUUCUUCCUCUACUGGAUGAUAAACUGCGCCUUUCUUUUCAUCCCCGUACCGCGAAUGAAGAAACUUGUUCACAUCAAGGUUGGUGUGUAUUUUGCUGCCACCAUCGCCUUCGUCGCCUGGACAUUGUCAUUAUCUGGCAGCGUCCGUAAGACUUUAGCCGAGCCAUCGACUGUUAACGGUUCGGAAAAGUCCUGGCUGAUCCUCAAGUUCUUCUUCCUGGGACUUGCCAGUUGUGGCACCUUUAUUUCCAAUGCCUCUGAUCUGCAACGUUAUGCCUCUCGUCCUAAUGACGUUAUUGCUGGCCAGGUAUUCAGUUUCCCAAUGUCCAACUUCUUGGUUGGCGUUUUCGGUAAUUUGAUUGCGGCUGCCAGCAAAAGUAUUUUUGGCGAGGUCGUCUGGAAUCCACUCACGACCCUGGAUAUGCUCAUGGAGGGUGAUCGGCAUACAUCUGCAAAUCGUGCGGGAUGUGCUUUAAUCUCCUUCGCUUAUGUAUACUCAACUGUCUUCUCCGCCAUUUUCGAGAACUCCAUUCCCGCCGGAAACGACAUAGCAGCUCUCAUGCCCAAAUACAUCACAGUGAAGCGCGGCUUCUUCAUCUGCGCAGUCCUUUCGUAUGCAAUUUGCCCUUGGUACUUGCUCUCAUCUGCAGCUGUCUUUAUCAACUUCCUGAGCUCGUACCAAAUAUUCCUUAGCGCUAUUUCAGGUAUUCUGAUCUGCGAUUACUACCUCAUUAGGCGUGGUCUUUUCGACAUCCCCAUGCUUUAUUCAGGGCAUAAGGACUCUACUUACCACUUCUUCCAUGGUUUCAAUCCCAGGGCUUUUAUAGUCUAUUUGAUUGCCAUUGCACCUAACUUCUAUGGCUUCCUCUCCCAGAUGGGUGUCAAUGCCCCAUUAGGAAUCCAGCGAUUUUACUACGUCGCCUAUCCUGUGGGACUAUUGUUAGCGUUUGAGCCUAAAGAUUUUGUGGAGGACCAUGACGGAACCUUUUCUAACGUUGUAAUUAAUUCGUCUGAUGCAGCUUCUGGUGAUCAGGAGAUGGGAAACAUCAAGAAGCCUGCCAUGCGGAGCUAUUGA